UGCUCACAAGAAAUACACACAGAUAUGAUCACCUCAAGUGACUUACACCGAAAUGGAUCCUCAGAUGAACGAUAUUUUCCCUAUAAUCUGACAAAGAUAAAUCACAUUAAAAAUGCACAGUGGCACCACUGUCUGCCAUUUGAAGGACUAAUUUGCGCUAAAGUUUCCGCAAAAUUGAAGAGCUAUUAAUUAUAAUAGAAUGCGUGUGUAUUAUUAACGAAUGCAAAUGCAACAACACUGAUUUUAUGGAUAACAUGGAUAAGAUACAGGUGCGCAGACGUAUUUGAUUGAUUGAGAUCAAUUUAAAUACGACUGCACAGUGGAGUUCAGGUGCUGUGGUAUGCUAAGUAAUACAGUCCAUACGCAUGCAUAUAUUACUUUGGGAAAUUUUCAAGAGCAUUUCCAAGCUUGGCAAGGUUUACGGCAUCAACUAUUAUACAAAUCAUAUGAGUCCAACAAGUCACAAUAAUGGAUUGCUUCAACAGAAAAAUAUUCUUCUCCCUCAAUAUGCCCAGAAAAAGGAUAUGACAAGUUCAAGUAAAGCAAAUCAACCAAAAGAUAUGGUGAAAAUCAGUAAUCAGCUGCAUUCACAACUAGAUGGUUUGAUACGUUUCACUCGAAGACAGGAUCCGCUGAGUAUUGCCGAUUGGUUUGAUGGAAGACUGGAUUGCGAGAGCUUUUCGCCGUUUCCCUUUGAGUUCAUUAUAGUUUCUGUAAUUGCUUAA